CUCGAACCACGAUGGAACAUUCACAUCGAGUUUCACGUGGUGCGGGCACCCCCCGCGCGUCACGCGGCGCGCGCUCGCUCGCGCGCCCCGCGGUGACCGAACCGAGCCGCUCGCGCUCGAGCGUCGACGACGAGAUCGAAUCCCUCGCGAACGCGCGCGACGAGGCCCAGGCCGCCCUCCGCGCCGCGCAGGACGCCUACGCCGAGGCGUGCGCGCGCCGCGACGGGCGAGUCGCGUCCCGCAGCGAGGACGAGGCUGACGUCCUCUUCAACGCGUCGCCUUACGUCGACGUCAGAUGCGAGUACGGCUACAUCCAGAGCAACGCGGGGCUGUACAUCGACGUCUCCAAGACGAGACCGCCGGGCGUCCCGCGCAACGCCCUGACGCUCGCCACCGAGAACUUCACCCGCGAGCUGAGCGCCAUGAGAGCUUUCCUCUCCGGCGACAAUUCCGUUCCGGGAAACGGCGAACCCGUCAUCCUCGCCGCCUCCACCGACGUCUCCCCGGAAGAAGCCGAGCUCAUGAGCGAGCUCAGAGAUCAACUCGCGACGCUCACGCUGAGCAACGACGCGAUAUGGGCCAGGGAAAAAGCCAGGCCGGAGGUACCGGCGCCGUGGAUCAUCAAGGCGCCGUACCUGGCGUUGUGUGUCUUUCUCGAUCUAGUCUUCCCCGAGAACCGCCCGAUCCAGCGGUUCUGGUUCCUGGAAACCGUGGCCAGGAUGCCGUACUUCUCGUACAACACGAUGCUGACGGUGUACGAGUUACUCGGGUGGUGGCGGCGGAGCAGUGAGCUGCGCAGGGUUCACUUUGCCGAGGAAUGGAACGAGUACCACCACCUCUUGAUCCACGAAUCCUUGGGCGGGGACGCGGCUUGGCGGGACAGGUUCCUCGGGUUCCACUCCGCGCUGCUGUACUACGGCGCGCUCAACGUGGCGUGGCUCCUUUCACCCGCGCUCGCGUACAACUUCAGCGAGCUCAUAGAGGCGCACGCGGUGGACACGUACGCGCAAUUCGCCGAGGAGAACAAGGCGACGCUUCGGAAAUUGCCGGCGCCUCGAAUCGCGAGAAAGUACUACGAGGAAGGCGACCUGUACCUGUUCGACGAGUUUCAGACGGCGCGACCGCGGAGCAGCCGCAGGGUAAGGGUCACCACGCUGUACGACGCCUUCUGCGCCAUCAGGGACGACGAGGCGGAGCACGUGGCGACGAUGGCGGAGUGUCAGAUGGAGGAUUCGGCGAUGGCGGAUGUUCGGAAAAUCGACCUUCUCACCGGCGCGGCGCUGGCGUUCAUCGCGGCGAACGCGUGGAUCGAUCGACUGGCGCAGAGCGCGGGUUUGGACACGCUGGAGAUUGGCGGCGUGGACGUCGGGGAGACGCUGUCGGAGGACGGGAUACUGGUGCAGAUACUGCGGUUUCUGCCCUUCUUUUAGUUUUUGUUACCGCCCUUCUUUUAGUCGACGGGGAGACGCCGUGGGAGGAUACCGCGUGUAACGUUAUGAGUACUCCCGCAGCUUCUCCUUCCGGUG